AAGAUGCAUUUGGACUUUUUGGAUAAAAAGAGUGAGUCCGUGGGGAUGCAUUUAAUCCAGUUUUCCACACUUAUGAUGUAACCGUAGGGUCGCAAAAUACACCCUCUUUUCCUCAAUGUGGGUCCACUAAUAUCCACCAAAGUAAUUCUUAAAACAAUUACGGCCCUCCGAUUUCAAUCCAACGGCUCAGAUAUAGGGAACACAUUAGAUCAAUACGAAUCUAUGCCACACCCACUCACUCUCCCUCUUCCCCCCUCCUCCUUCUUCUUCUUCAAUUCUCCUUCAGUAACCCGGCUGAUGAUGAAACUUUGUCCCCGUAAACGUCGUCGUUCUUUGUUCUUGCCCUCUCCAAAAUUUCAGCUAUUGAAAAAUCCUGUUCGUUUUUGUUUUAAAACUUGACAAAGGGUUCUCCCGCCAAUUUUUCUUUUUACCUUCUAGAAAGGAUACCACAUGACCUGCCUUCUUCAUUUCCAUCACAGGUUUGAAAAGAUGCGAAGAGCUGAUAGUUGUUUAAGGAGGUUAAGCUAUAUUUAGCAUGUGUGUGCAGAGGUGGGAUUGUUAUGGAUGUUGAAGUGAUUGACUCGGAGUAUGGGAUAAUGGGGCCUCGUGGGAGCCUCACAGAUGAUGUCGACCAUGACCCACAUGAGAGUGGGGUAUUAAAUGAGGAAGAGGUGGUUGAGCCGUACUUGGGUAUGGAAUUUGAUUCUGAAGAGGCUGCCAGGACAUUCUAUGUUUUAUAUGCCAAACGAAUUGGUUUCUGUACUUGUGUCAGCAAUUUGGAUCGUCCUAGAUCUGAUGGUACUCUCAGUGUGCGGCAAUUUUACUGUGUUAAAGAUUGGUUGAGAAAAAGAACUGGCAAGAGCUGUGAAGCAAUGCUAAAGGUGGAACUAAAGGGCCAUGGCAAAUGGGUUGUGACCAAAUUUGUGAAGGAACAUAAACAUUUUGACACAAAUUCAAGUAAGAUGCAUUACAUCCGGCCUCGCAGGCAUUUUGCAGGUAUUGCAAAGCAUACUGUGGAAACUUAUCCUGGGCUUGAAACUGUUCCUAGUGGUACUAUGUAUGUGUCAGUGGAAGGUAAGCAUGUCCCAAUAGAAUUAAACGGAGGAGCUGAUAUUAGUCCUUUUAAAUCAAGCCGUGCACUCAAGGGUUCAGAUUCUUUAAGUACUGUCUCUAGACUUCCCACACGGAAGAAUACGCUGGGAAAAGAUGCUCAAAAUCUGCUUGAUUAUUUUAAGAAAAUGCAAGCAGAAAAUCCCUGCUUUUACUAUGCCAUACAACUAGAUGAGGAUAAUCGCAUGGCUAAUGUUUUUUGGGCAGAUUCUAGGUCAAGAGCUGCAUAUGUUCAUUUUGGUGAUGCGGUUACGCUUGACACAUCGUAUAGGGUUAACCAGCAUAAAGUACCAUUUGCUCCGUUCACAGGAGUGAACCAUCAUGGCCAGACAAUUUUAUUUGCUUGUGCAUUGCUUCUAGAUGAAUCUGAAGCUACAUUUUUGUGGCUGUUCAAAACAUUUCUUGCUGCCAUGAAUGACCGUGCUCCUGUAUCUAUAGUUACUGAUAGGGACAAAGCCAUACAAGUUGCAGUAGCUCAGGUGUUUCCAGAAGCCCGUCAUUGUUUUAAUAAAUGGGGAAUUUUACGAGAAGGCCAAGAAAGGAUGGUUCGUAUAAGUCGUGCCUAUCCAAAUUUCCAAGUGGAGCUCUAUAAUUGCAUUAAUUUGACACAGACAAUUGAGGAAUUUGAGUUUUCUUGGGAUUGUCUUCUUGAGAAGUAUGGUCUGAGGAGAAAUGAUUGGCUUCAGUCAUUAUAUAAUUUCAGAAGGCAAUGGGUUCCUGUUUAUUUUCGAAACAGUUUCUUUGCAGCUGUUUCUCCUAAUCAGGGAUUUGAGAGUUUGUUUUUUGAUGGCUAUGUGAACCAACAAACCACCUUACCAUUGUUCUUUAGGCAAUAUGAAAGAGCUUUAGAGAGUUCAUUUGAAAAGGAAGUGGAAGCUGAUCUGGAUACAAGCAGCACCUCUCCACAGCUGAAGACACCUUCACCAAUGGAAAAACAGGCAGCGGAUGUUUAUACAAGGAGAAUCUUUUCAGGUUUUCAGAAAGAAUUAGUUGAGACAUUUGUUUAUACAGCAAAUAGGAUUGACGGAGAUGGCACUAUAAGCUCCUACAGGGUUGCUAAAUUUGAGGAUGACCGCAAAGCCUAUAUUGUCUCUUUAAAUGUUCCAGAGAUAAAAGCUACCUGUACCUGUCAGAUGUUUGAGUACUGUGGCAUCCUGUGUAGGCAUAUUUUGACUGUAUUUACUGUCACAAAUGUACUUACAUUGCCUUCGCAUUAUAUAUUAAAGCGGUGGACUAGAAAUGCAAGAAAUGGUAGCAGGUCAGAUGAUUCUUGGGAGUUAGAUAGUUGCGAGUCCUUAACGAUUCGGUACAACAACCUUUGUAAGGAAGCUAUCAAGUGUGCAGAGGAAGGAGCCAUAACUCCUGAAACAUAUGAUAUUGUGCUUAACGCCCUUAAGGAAGCAAUGAAGAAAGUAAACAUGGCAAAGAAAAAUGUUUCCAGGGUCCCACCUCCGAGUUCACAGGGCACUGGUGUAAUUUAUACGGAUCAUAGGACAUCUAGGUUUCUAUCAGAUACUCCUCUAUUGUGGCCACGGCAAGAUGAAAUGACUAGACGAUUUAAACUUGAUGACGGAAAUUUUCCACAAUCAGCCUGUUUAACUCUUCCACAUAUGGCACCUGUUUCUCUUCAUCCAGAUGAUAGCCCCAGUGAAAACAUGAUGGUUCUUCCAUGUCUGAAGUCAAUGACUUGGGCAAUGGAGUCUAAGAGUUCAGCAUCUGCAAAUAGGGUAGCAGUAAUCAGUUUGAAGCUGCAAGAUUAUGGCCGGUCCCAAUCAAGAGAAUCAGAGGUUAAAUUUCACCUUUCAAGGGUCACACUGGAACCCAUGUUGAGGUCUAUGGCUGACAUCAGUGAGCAGCUUUCAACUCCAGCCAAUAAGGUUGCUAUGAUCAAUUUAAAGGUCUGAGGUCCAAUUUUGUUUCAGUCUGUAAAUCUUGUAAAAAUUACUUAAAUUCACGAAAUUUACCUUUUAUUGGAAUCCUAAAAUUAGCAAGAUUCAAGUAUCACUUGACAAUCCAGAAGGAAUUUAUAAGAAAAGUUCUGUCUUCAUUAAUGAACUGAUGUUAAUCUUUGACGGCUUGACCUUUAGGCUUCAAGAGUCGUACUACCUCUGUCCCGAAAAAGGUCAUGUUUGCGCAAAUAUGAAUCUUUUCUUGGCUUGGAGGAUGUAAUUAUUGUCUUUUGCAAUUAAGUAGUUUCUAUAUAUGUCAUUAUGUUCUUGUGGAAUUGAUUAUAAGCUUUCUUUUCCGGAAUUUUUCCAGCUUCAAGACACUGAAACAACUCUGGGAGAGUCAGAGGUGAAAUUUCAAGUGUCGAAGGAUACUUUAGGUGCUAUGUUGAGAUCCAUGGCCUACAUCCGUGAGCAGCUUUCUUGUGCUGUAAGCUCUGAUACAUUUCUUUUUUCAACUAUUUGCAUUAAUUUGCUUCAAGAGGCUAUUUAAUUUCUUUGUGGAGGUUUCUCCCCUUCGUUUAGUCCAGCUUAGCGAAGCAGAUUAGCUAGGUAAUGAGCUGCUUUGAAUGCUAUGGACUUAUAUCCAUGUCACUCUAUAACUCUCCUUAGCUUCUAUACUUUAUGGUUGCGGAUCAGUACUGUAAUGCUAACACAGGGCGAGUCUCUGUCACAACCACCAAGUUGCCUCUGUGGCUGGGUCACCAGUUGGAAAUUGGGAGCAGCCUUCCUUGCGAAGUGCAAGGGUAGCCUUUGUUCGGGGAUUGAUUUUGGAUUAUGGAUACGUUUUUCUCCACUUCAUGCUUAUAGGAUGAAUGCACGUUUGUUUUUUCAUUUUCUUUUUUCUCCCUUAGUCCACUUUAGGGGAAGAAAUGGACAGUAGAUAACUGCAAGAAACUGAAACUAAAAAACUACAGAAAAGGUUUUGGUCCUAACUCAUCUAAAUGCCUUCGACAUCCCUCUCGUGUUUCAUUGAUAAGAUACUUUCUGGUGUAUCGCCUAUAGUUCCAGGCAUUUGACUAAUAUAAUUGCAUAUUAUCCAAGGAAUUCCAGGAUUUUGGUUUGUGGAUUUUAAAUCAAAGUAUCUAGCAGACAAGCACAGUGUACCAAAAAGUUGUAAUAUCUUAUUAGUGAAGCCGCUAACUGAUGGAUUGGAUUUUUCAAUCAAGUAAUAGUGGAGGAAAGCAUAUAAUAUGUUGUAUCAUUUUCAUUUCCCCUGCAUGGCAUAUGUGGGUGAUCACUGCAUGUAUUGUAUUCACUGAUGACUGUAACAUGUACCACACCGGUGUCUAAACUCUAAACUGUCAGUGGCCUGUUAUGCCUCCGAUAUGAUCCUCUUCAUAAUUAUGAAUGAGACUAAAAUUCAAGAUCCGAUAAUGCAAGCGAAUCAUUGUCGCUGUUCCUCCUGAAUCUAAACAAUUAUCUCUAACCAGAGUAAGCAACUAUUCUUUAAUGUAAGAAAUGAUUGUGUUGCAGGUUGAGCCACGACUACAAAUUCCGUCAAAAAAGCAGCGCAAAUAGAAGUCCUUUGGGCUAUUUUGCCGACCAGCUUUGCAAGUACAUGAGUAGUGUAGAUUAGGAGGGGUGUGACUGACUAAUUUUUUGCGUACAGUGAGUCUGUCUCCUAACAGAGGAAGUUUGUCUUUUUUCCCUUUUGGUACAUAGGAUCAGUUUUCAUUCAUUGUAAAUUCGAGGAUCAUGUGUGGACCUUUUAGGCUUUGGCAUGGAUGUUUCCAAAUAUGGCAACUUACAUUGUACACGGGUUAUAUAUUGUGCAGGCAAGAUCUUUGUUCGCAAUUUCCUUUGCUUUUUCUCGUGCUUUCUGGCCCUUGAAUUUCUAGGAACCAUGUGCCCGAUUCAGUGAUCUCAUUUCUGUCCCACUCAAUACAUCAGAGUGUCAUUUGGGUCGUUGGUUUAACAAGGAACGCAAGUCCUUGACGAAUUUGCUGAAUUCCGGCUGAUCCGUAUGAAGACCAGAUGGUGUCGAGGUUAAUGGCAAACCUGACAAGGUUGUUAACAUUGUUAAGUCACUUUUUACCAUGGGCCCCAUGGAAGACCACAAAUACAGGGUUUGCAGUGUGCGUAGACUUCGGUUAACUUCAGGAUAGAAGGCUUGGACACUGUCCAAAAUACGCAAGAUUCACUUUAUUUGCACGUUGGACAUUGUCUUUAUGUGUUCGUCACUGUAGUCUGAAUGGAAAAACCCAAGUCUGCGCAGCACAAACCUUGGCAAUUCAGUCAAUAUAUGCAACCUGAGAUAAGAACAAAUCCUCCAUGAUAAGUUCCACCCUAAAACUUGACAGUAGUUGAAACGAAAACUAGGAUUUCAAAGCUUUCAGGAUUGAUGUUAUCAUACGUUUGAU